AAUCUCAGAUGAGUAUUAUUUACCACAAAAUGAUGAAAAUACAAAAGGGUUUAUGGGCUCCUACCACUGAGGCGUUUGUUUCAAGUAACUCAUUCAAAUUUUUGUACAACAAGUUCGUAAAGUGCAAACACAACAACGACAACAUAUGUUACCGAGUAACCUAUUCUGUAAAGUAUUUCAAGUCUCUCCAGGUUAGGAGUACCUCAAAAAAGGAUGAUGAGAACAAGUUACCUUGGAGACUCGGAGAAUUAUUAUCCCCGAGGAAACAGUUUGACAGAAUCCAGCCGAAAAGUAGAGCGCCUUCAGAAGACGCGCUUUGUAUAUGUGGAACAGGAAGAGUAUAUAAAAGAUGCUGUCGUCCUUUCCACAUCGGAGAAUCAGAACCAAGAACUGCUUUGGAACUUCUUCGCGCCAGAUUUUCUGCUUUUGCAUAUAGAUUGUCUAAGUAUAUAAUGGGAACGACGCAUAUAUCCAAUGAAGACUGGACAUCUGAUCGUCUGGCUUGGGAAAACUCUAUUUUAGAGUUUUGUGAUCAGUAUAGUUUCAUUUCCUUGGAUAUUUUGGAAAACAAAGUAGCUGGACCUGAUCUGACAUAUAUUUUGUUCCGUGCCAAUCUAGUAGAAAAAGGAGAAGCUUUGAAUUUUAUUGAAAGGAGUAAAUUCAUCAAGGAUAGAAACCGAUGGUACUAUCAAUCGGGACGUUUGGUCGAUAUUGAGCGUGGUUUUUAGUAGCUGUAGAAUUAUUCAAAUAUGGCUACCAGAAUAUCUCUGAUGGUGCUAUUAUUAUCAUUAUUAUUAUUGUUAUUAUUUCUAUUGUUACUAUAAAGGCACAACAUACAAUUGGGUUGAAUGGAAUGUAAUUUGAUAAAACAACAAUUUGUCAA